UUUCUACAUCCGGUUGUCGCAGGUCCUGCCCUUGUGGAUGGAGCUAGCCGGGAAGCUAGCUAACUAGCUGUUGUGUACGGAAGUAUUCUGUAUUGCGGGUUUUCUUUACAUAGGUUUAUAGAUACACAUAUUUGGACCUGGUGACGUCAUGGCAGCUAGGAUUUUGCCAGUAGUCAAGUUAGCCACAAAAGUGGGCAUUGCUGGAGGGGCUGUGUACGUGGCCUACGAUUCAGGACUCCUCAGUGGGAGUGCUGAGGGCUCCGAAGCGCUAAGCAAAGCUAAAGCAGCCAUCCCUCCCGCUGUGGACGAGUGGACUAAAUACUUUGGCUUGGAGCUUCCUGCAGCACCCAAAAUCGAGUUUUCCCCAGGCGAAGCUUGGAACUCAGGAGUGCGGAAGACCAUCCAUGCUUUAUCCAUUGCUCCGAGUGUGGUGUGCGAGUACACCAGUCAAGGCAUGCAGUACGUUAAGGACCUUAUUAAAUGAAUGCUUACAUCUUCAUGCUUAUAGAUGACUCUAAUUAUGAUUCCUGUGUGUUGGUCGAAGCUGAACGUCGAAUGGUGCACAUGGAAAAUCCCUCAUGUACAAGUCCAAUACUUUAAAAGCUAAAUUCAAGGGAAAGACUGAAGACAUAGUCAAAUUACAAUGCAAUUUUUUUUUUUUUUUUUUUUUUAAAUUCUGUGAAAUACCUGUUCUAAAGGUAUAUAAGUAAAACAAGUAUAGUUUUAUGAAUAUGAACAUGGCAUAAGGCUAUAUUGUUGUUAUUGUAUUUAUCUUUUCCCUUUAUCGGAGCGUCUGCAUUUUGGUAUGUAAUGUAAUUACAUGUUAACUUAGUUGACUGUAAAAUAAACCUUAAUCUUAUUUGGAA